CUGAUCCUUCCUCUUUUCCUGGCCGCCAGGCUGGUUUCUGAGCCAAAACCAGAUCCAGAUCCCAGCCUGGAGGAGCCAGAACCCCUCCUCCCUGGACCAAAGGACUCCAGUUUAUCAGCGAGCAGAGCUGAAUGAAAGGAGCUUUGGAGAAGUGUGAGGAGGAGGAGGAGGAAGAUGAAGACUCCCCCAGUCAGUGCAGAAACAAUGGGGUUGUUUUAGCAUGAGCAAGGCGCGCUGAACUCUCAUAAGUGCGUUCAAAGAGCAUUUUGGCCCCUAAAUGUUUGAAAACAGCGGGCGGAACAUCUCCACAUGUCCGUCAGCUGAUCGGGUCCCCAAACAAAGACAAACGGCGGCGGUUAAUCCGGUUAUGGGCUGUCCACCGCCUUCAUGAGGCGGUCUGAAGGAGUCAAAUUCCUGAACACGUAGGAGCUCCUCAGGACGCAUGACGCACGGCUAACGGGUUCCUUUCCUGAUCGAUGGACUUUCCGCAUUUGUUUCUCCACUCUGAACAGAAAACGCCUUAAUUUGAAGUUUUCAGUUGUUUUAUUUCCGCGGUUUGAAGAACAUCAGAAGAGGAUUAUCCUAGUUCUUUUUUUUUAAUCCAACCAUCUGUUGACGCGCCGCUCCAAACGGGCUUCUCUCCAGAGAAUAAAGUUCAGAAUCAGACCGGAUGUUCAACCGCUGGACAGUCGGUGUCAUUUUAGGACUGAAGCCGCGUUCAUGUGAUCCACCGGAAUCAAGGAAAACCAACACAAGUUCACGGUCCGUAACGGAAAUGAGAUCAGGCCUUUUCUCCCCGCUGCGCUUUUUCUGAAACAUGGUCGCUGCGCGCGCGCAGGGAUCCGACACCGAAACGCGACCGACGGCAUGUUUGCGGGACUGAUGGGACUGCAAAACCGCAGCAGAUCGGCGCUCCACCGAUUCGAAGCCACAGGAGGUGGCAGAGCGUUGGCGACAGCUGGCAGCUCUGGGCGAAAGAGGCAUCACCGAAAGCCAGGCUACAUGAGAGGAGAGCAGUCCAGGCUGCUGAGCUCUGCAGGUACCGAGGAGGAAGAGGAGGAGGAGGAGGAGGAGGAGGAAGAGGCGAUAAGCGGCUGCUUUGGGAAUGGAAACUGUGGAUGCAGCACCGCCGUCACCCAUGGCCCUCCAGCUCAAAGACUGAGUCCAGCUCCUGCUUUAAUGGUUAAUAAACCAACGGGUUUGAGGAGUGAGGGCGUCCUCGGCCCGGCUGCAGACAUCCAUCCUGCUCCAGCAACAUCCAACCAUCUGGGUCUGACCUCAGAGCCUCAUGAUGAGCUCAGCUUAAGGCUGAGGCCGGCUCCCCAGACCUCAGCAGAAGACUCUUUCACGUCCAGUUUCAGUUUCAUUCAGCAAUCGCUCAGCUCCAGUCAGAGGACCGGUUCUUCAGCUGCACCACUACAGGAACCAGAACCACCUACCAAAGCCCCCGAAGGACCACAACCCAAACCUGACUCCCAGCAGAACUUCUUAAAGCUCUCGCUUCCUGUCCACUCUUCACCCGGCCACGCACAGAAGGAGGACCUGCCGUCAGGAGGGAGGCUCUGGCGGGAAAGUCAGUGUUACGGUAAAGAGGAGACCUCCCACCUUCUGGACUGCGAGCCCCGUCCUCUGGACGUGGAGGUCACCUCCUCGCUGUCGGUGGAUUCAGACACGGCCUCAGCCUCCUCUUUCACCUCCGGUUACGAGAGCGCCACAGCGGGCUUGGAGUCGGGCUGGGACGGCGUGGUGAAGAAGUACGAGGGCGUGCUGCAGGCCUGCCUCCGAAACAACCGCGCCUACACAAAGAUCGAGUCCAUGAUGUUGAAGCUGCAGAGGCUCCAGCAGAAAGCCGUUCUGGACGACGACUACGACGCAGCGGAGCGAUUUGGGAAAAAGCUGGAGGAGCUGUGCAGUGAGCGUGCAGCACUGAAGCUGGGCUUACCUUCCAGACAACCCAGUGUGUCCUUGUUCCUGGAGAGGCUCCGCCUGGCGGUUCACAGCGCCCUCCAGAGGACGGACGCUGCGCAGAGCAGGGAGGAGCCUAACGUGGGGGAGGAGUCAGACCCUCAGCAGAGCACAAUGCUGCGCAGAGACCGACUGAUUCAGGAGAAACGGCAGGUGGAGGGGGAAAUGGCCGAGCUGCAGCGGACGCUGGAGGAGCUGAAGGACAGGAGGCGCCGUCUGGAGCAGCAGAUCCGGCAGGAGGAGCAGCAGGCGGAGGACGAGGAGCUGCAGGGCUGCGUGCUGAGGAGCUGCACGCCGCCCCAGCUCAGAGACAUGAGCAGGACGCUGCAGGACCUCGUCACGUCCGAAAGCCGCGCGCAGAUCUGCCUCUCCACGCCACCCUCCACCCUCAGACUCCAGGAGCAGGAAGAAGCUCUGAAUCUGUCCAUCAAGGAAGCCACCGCUAAAGUGGUGAUGAGUCAGAGGCUGGGCAGCAGCUUGAGGAGGAAAGUCGGUGAGACUGAAACGCAGCUCCUGGCGCUGCAUGAAGCCAAACUGGCUGCUAUCUCUGGUAAUGACUUCAGCGGUGCCAAGGAGUCGAAGGAGGCCAUGAAGGCGGUUUACGUGGAGCGCGACCGGCUGGAGGCUCUGGCCAAAAGGCUGCACCGUCUGAGUUCUGGGAGCAGCCAGGAGCUGGCCCAACUGAAGGAGCAGCGGCAGCAGCUCAGGCAGGAGCUGGAGCAGAGGGCGGCGCAGCGCGAAAAGCGACUGAAAGAGAACACAGGCAAGUACAUGGAGCUGCUGGAGGACAGACUGCACAGCUGUGGUUGUUUCGGCUUGGAGAGGAUCUGGGAGGCUGACCUGGAAGCAUGUCACCAGUUCCUGCGUGGUCUGCAGCUGCGGACCCCCAGCUGCAGUGGUGCAGACGGCGAGGACAUUCCCACCCAAGUUUAUUCCCCAACUCAUCCUUGCAACAAAGAGGAGGAGGACUGCGCCAUGCUGACCGCUUUAGGAGGACGCUGGUGCCCCGAAGCAGACUUGCAGAACUCAGAGUUCACCAAGAAGCUGGAGGAGUUUUUGUUCUGCAUGGAGGAGAAUCAUCCGGAGCAGGCGGCGUGCGGCGAAGUGGAGCCGGCAGACCUGACGGACCAUUGUGAGCUGAUCAGCGACAGACUCGUGGUCUUAGAAGAUGAAUUGCAAACAGCUUUACUGAACAGGGAUCAAGCCCUCACUCGGUCUUUGGAAAAGGAAGUUCAGGAAGUAAAGUCCACCUUACAGGGCAUGCUCGCACAGCUCAAGGUGGAGGAAGAGGAGGAAGGAGACGAGAACGAGUUGGGGGACCUGCUAAAAAGCGUGGCAGAGAAGGAAGAGGAGGAGGAAGAGGAAGAAGACCAGUACUUCAGUGACAGCUGGGAUAUUUGAGACUGAUGCCUGCAGUGAUUUGGGAUCAGGCACAUGCAAGGCAUUCUGGGAGCACGCCCUAUGAGAAGCCGCAGAGGUGACCUCAUACCAAUUUACUGUAUAACCUCACCGUCCGCCUCUGUGGUGUUCUGUUCCUGUUCCACAAAACUACUGUAAAGGAGUCUUUCUAUCCACAGAUGAAAUAUAAAACACAAGGAUUUCUAACUAAAUACAACAUGACGUCCUUUUAGAUAGAAUUACAAAUAAAUGGUGCCUUUAGUCAUUAGAUAGCAAGAUGAUUGUUCAGAUAAAAAUUGUCUUUGUUUUUUUACAUCUCUGUUUUCUGAAGUAGCAACAACUGAGUGGACAAAAUUACUAUUUUAGCUAUUUUGAAAUGAAAACAUUUGUUUAUUCUAUAGUUUUUAUGUGCUUCUGCACUUACGGCACAUAUGAUCUUAACAAAAUCACUCAUUUGUGGUGCUUAAAUUCAGAUUUAACUUAGCCUUUUCUACGUUUUAUGUAUAUAAAAACACUUUCUGGAUUUAAAAAUCCGUGUCUCACUUUGGUCUAAUUAUUUAAAAUACAAAACAGGAGGAAAAUUGGAUUGAGGACCUUACAUUUCUUGAUCAAAUGUUUGCUUUUUAAGUGUUACUGUGUGUUUUCCUUUGAAAAAAAUAUUAUUUUUAUUUGCCGUCGAUGAGUCAUCGUUUGUAUUUAUUUGUAAGGCUCACUAAUUACAGGCUGUAGUGUUUAACCACAGAUGUAUUGACACAUUAUGCUAGAUUCAGCACAGUGUUGGGGCCUGCUGGUUUCUGCUUGGGCUGCAGCUCCUUUGCAGACAUGAACCUGCAUGUUUGCUCAGAGAGGUUCUCUGCUGGGGGGCAUCCGUCAGCUGUAAACACAGCCGACUUUUAGGGUUUGUUCUUUAAAACACGAUGAACCGUUCCUACACGACUGCAGGGCGAUUGCAUCGUCAGAAUCUUGACGCAUGUCAACUUGAGACAAAGUCUACACAGAGCAACCCUCCCACCUCAUAAUUGAAUCAGUGCUCACACCAUACUGUGCUCCGUGUGGCAGUCAGCUUGGACAAUGACCACAGAGAAGAAACAGAUGGGUUCUAGCAGUCAGGCUGAGAUGUGUUUUCAUGAACAAGAGUUCCAACAUGCAGGAACCUUUACUGAGUUUUUAUGUCUUAUUAUUUACAUUAUUUCUUGGCACAAAAGGAUUUUAAGGUUCGGUCAAAACGUUUAAAUUCUCUAUUUAUUUUCAGUCCUACAAAAUAAACAGUUUUUGUGACCACAUGGUUGUGGAUCUUGAGAUGUUUUAUGAUGUUUAUGUGGAGAUCCGUCUUCUACGCCUCAGUAACCAAACGCAAAGCUAAUAAAUGCAAAUCCAGCUUUU